AUGCCCAAAAUAUUCUUACUUUUUAUACUCUUCGGGUAUUGUUAUGGAGCCAACAUUCUCUACGUCAUUCCGUUUUCCGCAAAUUCGCAUUAUUUAUCACUAAGGCCAAUUGGAUUGGAGCUAGCUAGACGUGGUCAUAAUGUGACAGUCAUCACUGCUCAUCUAGAGACUGAUCACCCACCAACAUACCACCAAAUUAAGGUUGAUGCUACCAAAGUAUGGGACUUAUUAGGCGAAAAAAGACCAAAUGUGUUUUCAAUGGUUGACCUAUCCACAGAGGAGUUCCACCAAAAAUAUAUCUGGCCUGGUACACUGUUAGUCGUAGAGAGGGCGCUGCAAUCACCUGCUGUGAAAGAACUAUUAGCCAGCGACAUUAAAUUUGACCUAGUCAUUAACGAACAAUUCAUGCAAGAGGCGUUUAAUGUAUUGGCUCAUAAAUAUAAUGCACCCUUAGCUCUUGUUACAACUUAUGGAAACUGCAUGAAACACAAUUUCUUAACAAGAAACCCUCUUCAGUGGGAAACAGUCACCUUUGAAUUAUUAGAUGUGGAUGAUCCCACUAGUUUCUUUGGAAGGCUUAGAAACAUGUAUUUCUCGAUAUAUGAAUUUGUGUGGUGGAGAUUUUGGUAUUUGCAAAAACACGAGGAGCUGGUGACAAAAUACAUACCCGGAUUGUCGACACCUGUGCCUAGUUUAUAUGAUAUACAAAGGAAUACAUCAUUAAUGUUACUUAACAGUCAUUUUAGUGUUGAUAUCUCAGCAGCAUAUUUGCCAAAUAUUGUUGAAGUAGGCGGAAUGCACCUUACGAAAAGUGAUAAAAGCCUGCCACAGGACCUUCAAAAGUAUUUAGAUGAUGCCGUAGAUGGCGUGAUCUACAUAAACUUUGGCUCAAACGUUCAAAGUACAGAUUUAACAGGAGAAAAACGCCAGGCAUUCAUAAAUGUAUUUAAAAGACUAAAACAAAGAAUUAUUUUUAAAUGGGAGGAAGAUACAUUAGAGGGUAAACCAGAUAAUGUGAUGAUAAAAAAAUGGCUGCCACAAAAAGAGAUUCUUGCCCAUCCAAACAUAAAAGUCUUCAUCUCUCACGGUGGUCUUAUAGGCACACAGGAGGCAAUUUACAACGGCGUUCCUGUAAUAGGUAUACCCGUAUUCUCUGAUCAGCUGAACAAUAUACUCCUAUUAGAAGGAAUGAAAUUUGGAAAACUAUUGAAGUUUCACGAUAUAACUGAAGAAAGGCUGUACGGCUUGCUUAAAGAAGUCCUAGAGGAUCACUCGUAUAUGGCGAAAGCAAAAGAAGUAUCAAAGAGGUUUAAAGACAGGCCCAUGAAUGCUUUAGAUACGGCGAUGUUUUGGCUGGAGUAUGUUAUAAGACAUAAUGGUGCACCAUUUAUGAAGAACCCCGCGCUUCAGUUUAACUGGUUCGAAUAUACGAUGUUGGAUGUUUAUUCAUUCGUAGUGGCUGUAUUAAUAGCUAUAAUAUAUGGCGCUUUCAAGUUCUGGUCACUGCUGUCACUACUCGUUUAUUUCUGUGAUGCGGCUAAUAUUUUGUUCGUCAUCCCCUUUACAACACGAUCUCAUUAUAUUAAUUUGAAGCCGAUUGGUUUGGAGCUAGCUCGACGUGGACAUAAUGUGACAGUGAUCACGGCGUACAGAGAAAAGAACUAUCCGCCAAACUAUCACCAAGUCAUGGUCAAAGAUACGAAAAUAUGGGAUGCACUUGGCAAGGAAAGGCCAAAUGUCUUCACGAUGGUGGACCUGACUGCUGAGGAGUUCCACAACGAAAUCUUAUGGCCCGGUGGAUUAGCACUAACCGAGGAAGCCCUUCAAUCAUCUGAAGUACAGGCCCUACUUACAAGCAACACAACAUUCGACCUGGUGGUCAAUGAGCAGUUCUUUCAAGAAGCUUUCUAUGCGCUUGCGAAUAUAUACAACGCUCCUUUAGCACUAGUUACAACCCAUGGAAAUUGUAUGAAACACAACUUUCUUACUAGAAAUUCCUUACAAUGGGCAACAGUCACCCACGAGUUAUUGGACUUGCAUCAUUCAACAAGCUUCCUUGGUCGACUACGAAACAUGUAUUUCUCAGUUUACGAAUUAUUUUGGUGGAAAUUCUGGUACUUAGAGAAGCAAGAGGAGUUGAUGAGAAAGUACAUACCAGGAUUGCCUCAAAAGAUGCCCAGUUUGUAUGAUGUACAGAAGAAUGCUUCUUUGAUGCUGUUGAAUACUCAUUUUAGUGUUGAUACUCCAACUGCUUAUUUGCCUAAUGUUGUUGAAAUUGGUGGAAUACAUGUAACUAACAGUACAGGCGCACUUCCAGAGGAUCUACAAAAAUGCUUAGACGGCGCGGUAAAUGGGGUGGUGUACGUAAAUUUCGGUUCAAACGUGCGGAGCUCCGAAUUGAGCCAAGAAAAGAAACAGGCGUUUAUCAACGUGUUCAGGCGACUCAAACAAACCAUUAUUUGGAAGUGGGAAGACGAUAAAUUGGAAGAUAAACCUAAAAACGUGAUAAUACGAAAAUGGUUGCCGCAAGUGGAGAUUCUCGCCCAUCCUCACGUCAAGGUAUUUGUAUCCCACGGAGGUUUAAUCGGGACACAGGAGGCUAUAUACCACGGAGUUCCAUUAAUCAGCGUACCAAUUUAUGGCGAUCAACUAAAUAAUGUUUUAACACUUGAACAGCUAGGUGUAGGAAAACUACUACAUUACCACGAAAUCAAUGAAGAAAAACUAUAUCAGUUAUUAGACGAAAUUCUUAAUAAUAGUUCUUAUAUGGCCAAAGCGAAGGAAGUAUCGAAAAGGUUCGUCGACAGACCAUUAAAUGCGUUAGAUACAGCUGUAUUUUGGUUGGAAUAUGUUAUAAGAAACAAAGGAGCCACCUAUAUGAAAAAUCCAGCAAAAGAUCUAAGCUGGUUUGCAUAUACUAUGAUUGAUGUAUACCUAUUUAUUGCAUUUAUUAUAUUAAUUUUAAUUAAUGUAUCAAUAAUGUUUUGUAAAUUUCUAUUUUUUAAUAGAAUGAUGAACAAAAUGAAGAUUGAUUAA